AUGGCACGUAUUGACUAUGCCCCAGGUGACCUAAAUCCACCCCACACCAACCCACGUGGGACCGAAAUGAUUUUUGAGCUUGAAGGUGAAUUGGAUGUGGAAUUUAAAACCACGACCAAUGUCCUCAUCUCCAAGCACAGCAUGAAGGGUGAGAACUUCGUGUUCCCAAGAUGUUUUGUUCACUUUCAGAAGAACAAUGACAAGGUUCCUGCUGCUGUCGUUUUCGGUUUCAACAGUCAAUUACUUGGUACUCAAGUCAUUGCUAUCACUCUGUUUGGGGCUAUGCCGCCAGUGCCAGAUAAUGUGUUGACAAAAGCAUUCCAAAUUGAUGUCAUAGAGGUUGAGAAGUUCAAGUCAAAAUUUGCACCCAAGAAAUAG